UGGCGAUCAGCUGUGACAACAUGGCGGGCGUGCUGUUUAUCGCACGGUCGAUUUAAAUUAAGACACCGGGGAUCCAGAAACGGUGCCGCGGCAGUUAUUUGCAUACGCUGGCGGCGCGUGAACGCGAUGGUGACGGUUAGCCCAGAUUUCUAGCAGACGAGGCGCGAGUCUCGCCUUCGCCCACGCGCUUUGUCGCUCGACGUUGGACCGUGAGUGGAGCUGCGCCACUGAUGUAUAAUAGAAGACAUUGCGACACGUGCGUUUUCAGCCACGUUGCAUCAUACCCGAUGACAAAGUAUCAAAACCGCUCACUCGUCGAUCUUACCCUCAUUGCAGUUCAAGAGGGACUACCGGACCAACCCGGAAGUUCCGUGAAAACGGCUUGACGAACAAUUUAUUCGUGUGCUUAAUUUUACGCCGUAUUCAGAGCUAAGUUUGGAAGCCAAAACGUCCCCUCAAGCGCGAAUGCGUUCGAACUGGAGAGAUGUGCGUUUGAAAAAGAUUAGAAACUGCGCUUUUGCGUGUGCGAACGUUCCGUCGUAGAAAGGGGAAAGUUAUACGGAGCUACACGAGACUGAUACACAAUUUAACCGUGGACAAUUCGACGAUUGAAGAUUAAAGAGUUAGGUUUAGUUGACGAAAAACGUACUGAUUUUUGCCGUAAAUAGCGUCGUUUCAAGUAUUCGCGUGUAAUCGCGAACGCUCGGUACAUAAAGCGCCGACAACGAGACGAGAUAUAGCUGCCUUAAAUUUUCAAGAUAAGCGACAGUUUGAAUGACGUAAAAAAACAGGGACGCUUUAUCACUAUACUCCUACAAGUUGCACAUUACGUAUUUGCACAUAUAGCGUAUCUAUAAAAUCUCUUCUGCGAAGUCUCCUAAUCAGUUUUUCCGAGAUCACACGACAGAGACCUAAAAACCUGCGCUAAAAAACGAGAAGUUGCGGUUUGAAAAAUUUUUUCAAGUAUCCGAGCAUCUAGGUUUUUACAUUUGUGACACAAUUGCGAGGUAUAUUCGUGCGAACAGUUACGUUAAAAGGAGGAACGGCUCGGGCGGGUGCGUAAUAAAAUAAUAAGAGACAAGGUCGAGGAGUUGUCGCGAUCAGAAUGAUAAAUAAUCAGCAUUGUGUGAUCCUUAACACGGGCGAGGCCAACAAUUAUCAUCAACCGGUCUCGGCCAAGCCCUCGGUUGUCUCGGUAUCGAGCAUCGACUCUGAUGUCAGCGACAGAAGGGACGUACGCGAAGAACUGUACGCCGGGAUCUUUAGGAGGCACAGAAAAACUAUACUGGUAUUAGGCAGUUUUCUCAAGAUGUUAAGGAAAUAUUUGGACAGGUUGCAUGAUCUGAGCCGGAUAUACGCCUUAAUUGCUUUAAGAUUUGAAACGCACCAAAAGUUUUGGUAAACUCGCUAUAUUUUUUCUGCAUUUCGUCGUGCAUUAUGCAACUGCAUUUUAAAAUUUUCUCGUCUUAAAUACGCGUCGUCUCACAUGUCCCACAUUAAAAUGUGACGUUUGUGUUUUAUGGACGUUUAAAACUCUAAUGUUCUUCACGCUUUCACAAUGUACUGAGAGAGAAUUCUUUUGUAGAAUUUAAGAAAAAUUUCUGUUGAAAAGAUAAGAACCGCUAAUGUUGCCGAUACAAUCCGAAAUGACCCAUUAAAUCGGCCAGCACCUUAAUGUAUACUGAAAUUACUGUGUUAUUGUUGACGAGCUUAAUAUUUAUUAGAGAUACAUAACUGAGGGCAUAUGUAACAGUAUAAGACUUGUAUAAUACAUAUGAACUAAUACGAAUAUCAAAUCAAUGCCUUAUCACUUGAAACUUUAACGUAUUUUCUAAUUUCAUCGGUUGAUCAUCGAUUGAUCAUCAACAUUUGUUUACUUGAUUGCUCUUCAUUGUCCUAUAUCCGAACAUUUUUGUACAAUUCGUGUCUUUGUAUCAGAUACUGCCAUUAGAGAAUAAAACGAUAAGGUAGACGCGAAUUAGUGAGAGCAACUUGGAAAACAAUCAUGCGUUCAAUUUCCUAAGGCAUACCUAAACAACAAUUUUUAAAUGAGUUUCUAUUCAAUAAGUCAUACAUCUCUCUGUACUUAGCCGAACCACUCGCUGUCGUAAGACUGAAACAUGUGCUCUUUUGGAACAUUAAACGUGCCAUACUACCUUAGAAAAAAAAACGUUUGAAAGCGCGAGAGAGAGAGAGAGAGAGAGAGAAGAAGGAUGAGAGGAAGGAAAAGGAAAACAACUUAUGUAUUUCUGAGCAUACAUGAUACGGAGCAUAUCUAUAUGUAAUGGCAACGCAAUCGCAAUUAUAUUCUGUACCUAAGUGCAAUCUAAUCGAAAACUUGUUUUGCUUUCGAAAUAAACAAUCGAAAGUAAGUUGGCUGCGGAUAUCAAUCAGAGGAUCUGUAGGAAUAUAAGUUAUUCGAGCAAUUGCAAUUAAGUAUGCGUAAGUGUAUGCGUGCGUGUAUGUGUGUCUGUGGAAAUUCUUAUAUAUACGUAUGAUAAUAGCGUUAGAAAUAAUUCUCUUCGGAACUACCAAGAUAUACUUGAAAUCUAUAUCUUAUGGAGGGGUAUAAUAGUUUCCACGAACCGAAAAGAAAAGGAAACAUUUCGCGUCCCUUAUGCGCAGCUGCUUCUGACCAAUUUUUAAGUAGAGCAAAAAUUUGUAGGUAUGUUAGUAGCUUCGUCGUAUAUUCGUUUGCAUAUAUUUAAAUAUUGUGCAACGUAAACAUCCACGUAAUCACGAAACGCGCGAUCUUCAUUGAGCGACGACGAGAGGCAGCGCGAGCUAUAUUUUGCAUUCGAUUGUUAAGAUCCUAUGUGACUUUUGUAACGAGCAACUAUGUCCUAAAUGCGUUGUUGUAUUGGAUGAGAAAGAAAAUUUGUAUUAUCACUUUGUAUAACGUAUCAUUAGAACGUAUGUGAGACACACUUAAUAAAGCAUUCAUAUUAUGUUUAAUAAAUUCUCGGAUACUGUUAA